AUGAAUAUCAUACAGAAUUUUGGUCCAGCUAUGAAUUUUGGAUCCGAUUCAAUGGCUUCAGACUGGAUGAAUGCUGAAGCCAGCACUGGAACCUCAAUUAUGGCGUGUGAAUUUAAUGGUGGAGUUGUGAUUGGUGCCGAUUCACGUGCAACUACUGGAGCAUACAUUAGUAACAGGACAGCCGACAAGCUGACCAAGAUUACUGACAACAUUUACUGCUGUCGUUCUGGUUCAGCUGCAGACACUCAAGCGAUUGCAGAUAUUGUCGCAUAUCACUUAGGUUUUCAUCAAAUGGAAUUAGGAACCCAGCCCAAAGUUGAAACAGCAGCCAAUGUAUUCCGUGAGAUGUGUUACAAUUACCGUGAUUCACUUGUCGCCGGAAUCCUGGUAGCAGGAUACGACUCCCAAAAAGGGGGACAAGUUUACAGCAUCCCAAUUGGAGGAAUGUGUGUCCGACAACCAAUUUCCAUAGGUGGUUCUGGAUCAACCUACGUCUACGGUUAUGUUGAUGCUCACUACAAGCCCAACAUGACCAAGGAUCAAACUGUCGAGCUGAUUACAAACACUCUUGCACUUGCUAUGAGCCGCGACGGAAGCAGUGGUGGUGUCAUUCGUCUUGGAAUAAUAACGGAAGCAGGCGUGGAACGUCGUGUAAUUCUUGGCGACGAAUUACCUAAAUUCUGGGAAGGAUAA